AUGGAUCGAGGUCAGGACGAUCCCUUCGACUGGUCAGUCGAUCAAGUAGUUCACUACUUUUGCCAAAAUGAAUCUACUCCGUGGUCGAUAUCGAAGCACCCCAGCCCUCUACCAGAUCGACAAUCCCUCGAAGCGGCGCUGCGCGAACAUGGUAUCACCGGAGAGGUCUUACUUGAUGGACAGCUCGGAGACUUUCUACGAAACAACUUAAAGUUGAAAGAAGGUCCUUCCUAUACAGUCAACAAAGCGAUCCAGUAUGCACAGCGCCAGUCCCGGAAAUACCAAGCUCAGCAAAACCUUGAACGAACUCAGCUCGCAUCUGCGAUGUUUCCUAUGAUGAUGAGCAACGAUAAAGCUCUGCCGCAUCCUUUCUACGCACCUUGGAUGUUCAACCGGACGCCAGCUGGCCCAGUCGCCCAGAUACCACAACUCACGGCCUCGUACAAUGCUCCAAUGCCUUCGCACGAUGGAGACAUGCUACCGGACCAACAGCUUCUCUCCAGUCUACAGGCUAUGCAGCCUCCGUCAUCGCCUCAAAUAGCUGAACUCGACGAUGAUAUUGAACUACCCGAUGUUCCCGUUGAAUCCGGUGAAAAAGAAACUACCUCGGUUUCUCGAGUAGCUACUCCUGCUUUGCCUAACGUACGUCCGAACGAAAUUACACAUGUUGAUGAACGAGGCCGAAAGCGACGAAGACUUAACCUUGGUGCUGUUGAGUCCUCUACAACGUCUAUCUCACUAUCGACAGAACAAUCUGCAGAAACACAACUAUCCAAGUCAUGGUACAUAGGGCCUGCUAAACUUGAUGCUGCGAGCGUCUUCUACCCAACUCCGCCUGAUUCGAAGGAAGAUAACUGGGUUAUAACUUCUUCUGGACACUCUUCUGGACAAAGGCUUUUCGUCAAACGAAAACUGCAUCAAUUUUUUCGCAAACAAGUCGUUGAUUUGCCUUCACAGAAUGGAGCCCGUCGUUAUGCGAUGUUCCCCUAUGACGAAGACGAGGCGAACAGCGGCAAGCCCCGAUACUACACUAUGUACAGCUCGCACAAGGGUAGGACGGAAGUCAAUAUGAAGUCAACAGCUGAUACUACCGAAAAGUUGCCAGUUGUCUCGGAUCAGGCCCCGCGUACCAAUGCGGAGAGUCCUUAUGACUUUCUGAUAAAGAAGUACCCGCCCAAAGAAGAUUCAGACUCAUAUCCUCUUUAUGGCGAGUCCGGCUCAGAAGGCGAGUACGACUCUGAAACUUGGGCUGAAAUGGAAGACGAAAGAGAGAAGGGUGCAUUGGAACCGUCGAAAUUCCUAUCAAGUCACGAGAUAGACUCUAUCAUCGAUCAACGCAUCAGUCAUUACGAGGGAUUAUGGAGAGUCAAACAUUUACCAAAAUUGGAACUCGGAGCGCACAAGUUAUGGUUUGAUGCUUUCCGAAAGAAGUGCCGGAACCUACAAAUCAAAGUUGCGUUAGAUAACAUUGAACGACUCAAAUCACGGCUGGAGAGAAUGAGGAAAGCACUUCACCGGGAUGAAUGGCCACGAUCAUCUCAUUUAGCAACCCAAUGCGAAGUUCUAGAGCCAACGAUUUUUGAGAUUGAAACUCAGAAGCACCGUGUUGCCAUAUUGGAAUCGCCUCAAUGUCCACCCAAGCCUCCCUCGGUUCCCCCUACAGCCUCACAGCUUAAAGAAAAAGCGAAUCAACCACUUACCGAUGAAGAGUCUCUCGGUUUUGCGUCUGAUAGUUCCUUGAGGAACUUCAUUGAGGACGACAUGGAGGUUGACAUGUCAAGUGGGCCUGGCAAUGCCUUGACUCAAAGCGAAGUCGAUAGCAAACCCCAAGAUACGCCCAACAUCAACAAUCCUCGGAAGGCUUCUAGUAAUGCCAUCGAAAUUAGCAACUCUCCAAUGCGAUAUUCCACGCCUCAGGAUGACGUCCUUCAUACAGAUGGCCCUGAUGUUGACCUUGGCUCUGAGGCGGUCCCGCAGCGUCGUUGCGGCUUCUACUAUUCAUCUGACAGCAACUCAGAUAGUGAAGAAUAUGAGCCACCUGAACCGGUCACGGGUAUUGUAGACAGAAAAAGCGAAGUUAUCGAUUUGACCCUCAGCCCAGCCAAAUCCGACGUAUCUUCUACGCCUGACACGCGUUUCACAAAAACAAAAAGCCACCAGACUUUUGUAAGCGACGAUGUGAUGGUUGUCAUUCCUUCUUCGCAGAAACUUUCUUCAGAACCGAAAUCGGCACUAAGACCGAAUCCAAAUUUUGAUAGACGAAACGAUUCCAGAGGCAGAAAUAGAGGGACUCUUUCCCAAACAAAUCGUGAAGAUUCUAGACAAAUAUUGGACAAAAUGGUUGCACAGCUUUCUCGAGAUGAUCGAACGGGAAUGCUCCAUCAACUCUCGUCAUAUCCUGACAGACAAAUCAAGCAUCAUAUCAGGGUUGGGUUACAUGCCAUUCGCAAAGAUAAACGUACCAUAAAAGACAUGGAACGUGAGGAGAGUCGCUUGGUACUACUAGCCACCGUUUUUUACAUCGCGUGGGUCAAUCGUCAAACUUUGGACAGAGAGGGCAUUCCCACAGGAAACGUUUCACGGGCUAUUGCAGACAUCGACUAUUCGGGGACUGGCCCUGGCGAUAAUUUCUUCAAAUUCGUCUCGCAGUUGCGCCAACUACUCCAGAAAUACACCGACGAACGUACUACUCCUGGUACAGGAGAUUCCGAUGAUGACGAGCCUAUCGAUUCUCUCGAUACGCCUCAUAAUAAGAGAAAGAGACGAGUGAAGGAAGACCAAGCAGUCAAAAGCGGGCAGGUGGCAGCUAGGCAGCGUGUCGAAAACCAAGAACGGCAACGGAGAAAUCUCGAAGAGCGAUUAAAACGCAUUGGAGUCAGCAAUAGCGAUGCAGAGCACCAGGCUGUCAGCUUUGAACAACCAACAGUCUUCCUCCAUCCUCAUAUUGGUCAAUGCGUGAAGCAACAUCAGCUCGCUGGUAUCCAAUUUAUGUGGCGUGAGUUGAUACAGAACGAAAAACGUGAUGGCUGUCUUCUAGCACACACUAUGGGUUUGGGGAAGACGAUGCAAGUAAUCUCACUGCUAGUCACGAUUGCUGCUGCCGCGAAUUCCACCGAUCCCGCUAUCCGAAAGCAAGUGCCAGAAUUUUUCCACCGCUCUCAAACGCUCAUAUUAUGCCCCCCGUCGUUGAUUGAUAAUUGGUACGAAGAGUUUCUUAUGUGGACACCCAAAGAUCAUGCCUUGGGUCCAAUCAGAAAAGUUGCUCCGUCUGACCCUCUAGAGCGAAGAAUGGCUACAGUCGAGUCUUGGGAUACUGAAGGUGGCAUCUUGAUUUUGAGUUAUCACCUUUUCCGCAACUGGGUAGCACCCGAAUUGAAGAAGACCUCGAAAACCGCACCAGAUUUGCAAUUCCCUACCAAGCUCAAAGAUCAGCUGUUGAAGGGACCAAGGAUCAUUAUUGCAGAUGAGGCGCAUCAAAUGAAAAACAAAAACUCACAGCUUGCUCAAGCAGCAGCAAUGCUAGAGUCCAGGAGCCGUAUUGCGCUUACAGGGUCUCCACUUGCCAACAACCUCUUGGAUUAUUAUGCUAUGGUCAACUGGAUUUCCCCCAAAUAUCUGGAUGAACUUGCUGUUUUCAAGGCAAAGUACCUUGAACCGAUUGAGCAAGGGCUGUUCUUCGAUAGUACAUAUCAGGAACAGCGGAGGUCACUCAAGAAACUUCAAGUUUUGAAGGAGAUUUUGACCCCCAAGAUCAACCGGGCAGACAUCUCAGUGCUAGAGGGUAGCCUUCCAAGCAAGACCGAAUUCGUCAUCACUGUUCCACUUACCGAAGUGCAGAAGAGAGCAUACAAUCAUUACGUGACCUCACUCACGGAUGGGAAGAUGGGAGCAACAAUCUCAUCUACUACAUUCUUGGCCUGGCUCGCUGUUUUAGGACUAUGUUGCAACCACCCAGCUUGCUUUUAUAAUAAACUGGCAGAGAGAGCUGAUCAGAAUGCACCAAAACCCACAGCUGAAGAACUUAUCGACCCGGAUACGUUCCCAGCCGAAGUGCCGUUAAACCAACUCGGCUUCAAUGAAGCUAUGUGGGCUUCUCAAAAGCAACUCUUGUCGGAUGUUCCUGACUUGGAAGAUCCCAAGCAUUCUUACCGAGCCGACGUUUUCAAGAAAAUCGUUGAGGAAUCAGUGCGUGUGGGAGACAAGAUUCUCUGUUUCUCUCAAAGUAUUCCGUCGCUAAAUUAUCUCGAAACACUCUUACGCUCGUCUGGGGUCCGCUUCAACAGACUGGAUGGUAAAACAGCGGUCAAAAGCCGCCAGGAAGCUGUCAAAGACUUCAACAAUCGGGACGACAUCAAAGUCUAUCUGAUAUCGACACGCGCGGGCGGGCUCGGAUUGAAUAUUACUGGUGCAAAUCGUGUGAUUAUAUUUGACUUCAGUUUCAACCCUACUUGGGAAGAGCAAGCUGUCGGUCGAGCUUAUCGCCUUGGCCAGAAGAAGCCUGUUUACAUCUAUCGUUUUCUUUCAGGCGGAACUUAUGAAGAAGUUGUACACAACAAGUCCAUUUUCAAGACCCAAUUGGCAAUGCGCGUGGUCGAUAAGAAGAACGUCGAGCGGUCGGCCACCAAGUCACUUGGAGAAUACUUGUUCCCUGUCAAGGACGUCAAAAAGGAAGAUACCUCAGAAUAUAUCGGUCGUGACCGCCAGGUUCUGGAUAAGAUACUCUUGGAUAAGGAAUCAGCUUCUUCCAGCAUUCUCAACAUUGCACUCACGGAAACAUUCCGUCGAGAGAACAAUGAAAUGCUCACAGAGGAUGAGAAGAAGGAGAUGGAACAAGAAUUGGAGCUGGAGUUACUGAGAAUGUCAGACCCGGCUGCCUAUGAGAGGAAAAUGAUAGAGGCCAGUCUCAGGCCGGAACCGACACUGGUAUAUCCCAGCACAAACCUCAAUACGUAUGGUUUCAUCAGCGCUCCUCUCCCCCCUCUCCCUCUUCCUCCGGCUCCUCCGGCUCCUCCUGUUCAGGUUCCGACAUACACGGCACCAUCCCCUGGAAGAAGUUUCUUCAAUCUUCCACCAUGGGCUAGUGCGCCAACACCCGUAUCUCAAUCCGUUCUCACGCAGGAGCCUAGACCAACACAGGUGCCUCCACGUCCCGAUUUCAUUUCCUCGGCGACAGUUAACAGGGAUACAUCUGAAAGCGUUGCUCAAGCUAUCUUGAAGUCGUUCCCUGCAGCGCCAGGUGUGAACAAUAAUCAGAACAACAACAUCCCGCUCCCUCAUACAACGACUGAUCUGCCGUCAGGCCUACCGGAUCCUGUGACUAUGGAAUCAUUGAGUGCUCGCUUUGGUGCGGAUUGA